GUGAAGGGCUCGCGCCAUUUUAAUAUUGUUGUGUGGGGAUAGAGGUUCGAGUUGUUGAUGUUUAUAUGGUUUAAAGAAAAAUGUCGACUAUAACGUUAAACAUAGACACAUUUAUAUCACGCAUUAAGAAGUUGUAUUCUGCCUGGAAGUCUGCUGAAGCAAAAGAAGAUAAUGCAUACGGUUUUACAAAAAUGGAUGCUUUGGUGUCUGCAGUGGGGGUUGACGAGGAUAUUGUUUACAGUAAAUCCAUAGCUCUUCAGUCAUGGUUGUUGGGGUAUGAGCUCACUGAUACAAUCAUGGUAGUUGCUGAGGAAGAAAUACAUUUCCUGGCUAGCAAGAAGAAGAUUGAUUUUUUGCGGCAAAUACAGAAUAGCAACAAGGAUGAAAAUGGUCUGCCAGCCAAGUUAGAACUGCAUACUCGAGAUCGGAGUGACGAGGACAAAUCAAAUUUUCAGAAGCUUAUUGAUGCUCUGAAACAUAGCAAACAAGGCAAGACGUUAGGAGUGUUCUCGAAGGACAAUUAUCCAGGCCAGUUCAUGGAUGCAUGGAGAGCAGUGCUCAAGAAGGAACAUUUCGAAACUGUGGAUGUAAGCGCUGAUGUAGCAUAUGUGAUGGCACCCAAAGAGGAGCCUGAGUUGCUUAUCAUGAAGAAGGCUUGCUUUGUAUCUGUUGAUGUCUUUAAUAAGUAUCUGAAAGAUCAAAUUAUGGAGAUAAUUGAUUCUGAUAAAAAAGUUAAACAUGCCAAGCUUGCAGAAGGGGUGGAGUCUGCCAUAACAGACAAGAAGUAUGUGACCGGGGUGGACACCAGUCAGCUGGAUAUGUGUUACCCUGCUAUCAUCCAGAGUGGUGGGAACUACAAUCUGAAAUUCAGUGUUGUCAGCGACAAGAAUGUCCUGCACUUUGGAGCUAUCGUUUGCUCGCUUGGUGCGAGAUACAAGUCAUACUGCUCCAACAUUGUGCGAACUCUUCUGGUCAAUCCCACAGAUGCCAUUCAGGAAAACUACAAUUUCCUUAUUGCUCUUGAAGAAGAAUUGCUGAAAGUGUUGGUAGAUGGCACAGCUCUGAACGUUGUGUAUCAGGCUGGCGUCAAGUAUGCAGAGAAAGAGAAGCCAGAUCUCGUGGCAAACCUUACAAAAAACUUUGGAUUUGCUACAGGAAUUGAAUUUCGGGAGAGUUCUCUUGUUAUUGGUCCCAAAACAACUGUUUGUGCCCGCAAAGACAUGGUGUUCAAUGUGAAUGUUGGGCUGUCUGGGCUAACAAAUAAGGAAGCUUCUGAUAAGGAGGGCAAAGUAUACGCUCUCUUCAUUGGCGACACUGUUCAAGUUAAUGUUGAACAACCAGCAACUAUUCUGACUCCGUCAAAAAAGAAGAUUAAGAAUAUUGGCAUUUUCCUGAAGGUUGAGGGAGAAGAGGAAGAGGAAGAGGAAGAAAAAGAAAAGUCGCUCAAAGAACCACAAAUACUGGGUCGUGGUAAACGGACUGCUGUGUUGGAAUCCAAGUUACGGUCUGAACACUCUUCAGAAGAGAAACGCAAGCAGCACCAGAAGGAGCUGGCUGAGGCACUGAAUGAGGCUGCUAAACAGAGGUUAGCUCAGCAAUCAGAUGGCAGGGAAAAAGAAAAGGUACGAAAGUCGACAGUGAGCUACAAGACUCACGGACAAAUGCCUCGAGAAGUGGAGGUGCGUGAUCUGAAAAUCUUUGUUGACCGAAAGUAUGAAACUGUUAUACUGCCUGUGUUUGGAAUUGCCGUCCCAUUUCACAUUUCCACCAUCAAGAACAUAUCUCAGUCUGUAGAAGGUGAUUACACGUAUCUGCGAGUGAACUUCUUCCAUCCAGGAGCUACUAUGGGACGCAAUGAAGGCGGUUCAUAUCCGCAGCCUGAUGCAACCUUUGUUAAAGAAGUAACAUACCGUAGCACAAAUGUAAAGGAACCUGGCGAGCUGUCAGCACCAUCGUCAAACUUGAACACUGCCUUCCGUCUCAUUAAGGAAGUGCAGAAGAAAUUUAAGAACCGCGAGGCAGAAGAACGUGAGAAAGAAGAUCUUGUGAAACAAGAUACACUUGUGAUGUCCCAAAACAAAGGCAACCCAAAACUCAAAGACUUGUAUAUUCGACCAAACAUUGUUACUAAGCGUAUGACAGGAUCAUUGGAAGCACAUGUAAAUGGGUUUCGGUACACGUCAGUACGGGGCGACAAAGUAGAUAUCUUGUACAACAACAUCAAGAAUGCAUUCUUUCAGCCAUGUGAUGGAGAAAUGAUUAUCCUGCUUCAUUUUCAUCUCAAGCAUGCUAUCAUGUUUGGCAAGAAGAAACAUGUUGAUGUGCAGUUUUACACUGAAGUUGGUGAAAUAACCACGGACUUAGGGAAACAUCAGCAUAUGCACGAUCGAGAUGACUUAGCCGCAGAGCAGUCUGAGAGAGAGCUGCGGCACAAACUGAAAACAGCAUUCAAGAGUUUCUGCGAGAAGGUGGAGGUCAUGACCAAGCAGGAAAUUGAGUUUGAUACUCCAUUCAGAGAACUUGGCUUCCCUGGUGCUCCCUUUCGCAGCACUGUGCAGUUACAACCGACCAGUGGUUGUCUUGUAAAUCUAACAGAGUGGCCUCCAUUUGUUAUCACCCUCGAAGAUGUUGAGCUGGUACAUUUUGAACGUGUGCAGUUUCAUCUGAAGAACUUUGACAUGAUCUUUGUCUUCAAAGAUUACCAUCGCAAAGUAUCCAUGGUUAAUGCUAUUCCCAUGAACAUGCUUGAUCACGUGAAGGAAUGGCUGAACUCAUGUGACAUUCGCUACUCAGAGGGUAUACAGUCUUUGAACUGGACCAAGAUAAUGAAGACUAUCACCGAUGAUCCUGAAGGGUUCUUCGAGAAUGGUGGAUGGACUUUUCUGGAUCCUGAAAGUGACGAUGAAAACAAUGCUGAAGAAGUGGAAGAAGAAGAAGAGGAUGAUGCUUAUGAGCCAUCAGAUGUUUACUCUGAAGAGUCAGACGAUGACUCGGAUUACUCAGAAUACUCAGAAGACAGUGAGAGUGAAGAGGAAGAGCUGGCAAGUUCAGAAGAGUCGGGUAAGGACUGGUCAGAUCUGGAGCGAGAGGCAGCUGAGGCAGAUAAGGAACGCAGUGACUUCCAAGAUGAAUAUGCUGGUUCAGACAAGAAAGGAAAAGGAAAACGACCUGGGAGUUACAGAGGACGAAAAGAUUCUGACCAAGACAGGCACUCCUCCAAGCACAAAAAGAACAGCAGUAGUUCAAAUCACAAGGACAACCACAAGAGCAGCAACAAAUCUGAUGCUAAACACAGACAAGCCCGCAGUGCAGGUGGUCACAGGAAAAUGCCUGCAUCAUCAAAACACAGUCCGUCAAAGAGUCGAGAUAAGCACCAUGAUAAACACAAAUUGUCAUCAUCUUCAGGCAAGAAGAGGUCUCGUGAAGAUAGUGGAAGUCGUGACAAACAUAGCAAGAGGAGGAAGUAGAGGUACAGUGGUUGAUCUCAACAACUGUGCCAAAAUGAUUCUCCACCAUUCCAUCACUGAACAGAAAUGAAAUGAAAUG